UGCAGACUGGCCAGAUGGUUCUUAUCCAUCAUUUGAUGGCUCUUCUAACUGCAAUUCAAGAGAACAAUCGGAUGAUGAAACAGAGGAGUCGGUGAAGUUUAAGAGGUUACACAAGCUGGUAAACUCUACUCGCAGAGUGAGAAAGAAACUCAUUAGGGUGGAAGAAAUGAAAAAACCCAGCACUGAAGGUGUGGAGGACCAUCCAAUUGCCAGCUCCCCGAUCCUGGACGACAGAUCAGCUCUCUACUCUGGAGUUCACAAGAAGCCAUUCUACUUCGAUGGUUCCAUUGAGAAGCCACCAGAGGAUGAUUCAGAUUCCUUUACCACGUCUCCUUCAUCCAGCAGCCUGGACACCUGGGGUGCGGGCCGAAAGCUGGUCAAAACCUUUAGCAAAGGAGAUGGCCGGGGGCUGAUAAAACCUCCCAAAAAGAUGGGCACAUUUUUCUCCUAUCCAGAGGAAGAGAAGACCCAGAAGGUGUGCCGCUCCCUCACCGACGGGGAGAUGAAGAAGAGUCUCGGCUCCUUAAGUCACGGGGUAAGUACCGAAAGCGUUUGCUUUUAUGACAGCAAUCGGCACAAACAUCACCUCCUGGUGUCCCUCGAGGAGGUCCAGAGUGUCAGAAAACAAAUCCGGUUGAAGAAAAUGGAUACUAAUUAUUCCUGUUCCCGAGCUUUUCUCUGCCAGCGCCCCUCUAGAAAGGGCUUAAGUGCUACCACUUGCGACCUUCAGCUGCUCCGGCAGAAACCCAAAGGGGGAGGAGGAUGCGGCUUCCCCAGUAGAAGGCUGCGGGGGCGCACCUCUGUCAGCGAGUUCAAUAUCACCUAUGUGGUGGAGCGGAGCCUCUAUAGCCACCUCAACCUGACCCAGCUGGUGCGCCCUGUCACGGACAGGACCCUGAGUAAAGCCGACAAGCAGGACCUGAGACGGUGCUUGCUCGAGGAGGAGGAAGAGGCUCACAGGAAGUGGGCCGCCACGGUGGACCGCUGUACUAAACGGGUUCUCUUGAGAAUCCACCAAAAGUCUAGGACCUGCAGUUUCGGAGGAUUUGACUUGACAAAUCGUUCUCUGCACAUUGGGAAUAAUAAUUCUGACCCAAUGGGCAAAGAGGGAGAUUUUGUGUACAAAGAAGUAAUUAAAUCACCUACUGCCUCUCGCAUCUCCCUUGGGAAAAAGGUGAAAUCAGUGAAGGAGACAAUGAGGAAAAGAAUGUCUAAAAAAUAUAGCAGUUCUGUUUCUGAGCAGGACUCUAGCCCUGAUGGAAUACCAGGUUCUCCCCAAUCAUCCCAGCCUGACAAAGAGUCCCUGGAUAAACCUAAACUGAAAGCUGGUGGGUCUGUGGAGAGUCUGAGGAGUUCUCUAAGUGGUCAGAGCUCAAUGAGUGGUCAGACUGUGAGUACAACUGAUUCCUCAACCAGUAACAGAGAGAGUGUCAAAUCUGAAGAUGGUGAUGAUGAAGAGCUUCCCUACAGAGGGCCUUUCUGUGGGCGAGCAAGGGUUCACACUGACUUCACACCCAGUCCUUAUGAUACAGACUCCCUCAAGCUCAAGAAAGGUGAUAUCAUUGAUAUAAUCAGCAAGCCUCCAAUGGGUACAUGGAUGGGACUGCUGAACAACAAAGUUGGCACUUUCAAAUUUAUCUAUGUGGAUGUUUUAAAUGAAGAAGAAGAAAAACCCAAACGCCCCACCAGGAGGAGGAGAAAAGGAAGACCACCACAGCCCAAAUCUGUAGAGGAUCUCCUCGAUAGGAUCAACCUUAAAGAACACAUGCCAACUUUUUUGUUUAAUGGGUAUGAAGACUUGGAUACCUUCAAGCUUCUGGAAGAAGAAGACUUGGAUGAGCUAAACAUCAGGGACCCUGAACACCGAGCAGUACUUUUGACAGCAGUGGAAUUGUUACAGGAAUAUGACAGUAAUAGUGACCAGUCAGGAUCUCAGGAGAAACUUCUCAUUGACAGCCAAGGCCUGAGUGGACGCUCCCCAAGAGACUCAGGCUGCUAUGAAGGCAGUGAAAACUUGGAGAAUGGGAAUACUCGGAAGACUGUGCCCAUUAAGUCAACUAUAGAUCCCCACUUUAAGGAUUUCAACAGAAAUCAGUUAUCCAACUAUCCAACACUGCCUUUAACUAAAUCAGUAGAAACUUUGAAGGAUGGAAAGAAGGAAGUCCGGCUUAUCAACAUCCAUACUUCUCACACUUCUGAUGUCUGUGGUGAGCCAAGUGUGACUAAUUCCAAGACAAACCGAAGAAGCUUACCAGUUACCAUCUGUCGGAGCUGUGAGACUCUGGAGGGCACUGAAGCUGCAGAGACUUGGCCAAGGUCCCAUUCCCUGGAUGACCUUCAAGGAGAGCCUAAUGCUAAACGAGAUGUGCCUAAAAAGGAAACAGAAUCUUCCCCCCAGAAUGUACCAGAAGUGCCCCUAAAGACAACUAUUUGCAACCCGAAGGCAAAAUCUCCCUCAGAUGUCUCUUCUGUGCAAGACCCACUGCUAUUGACCCAAAGCAAGCCAUUUUCUGAUUCUCAGAAAAUUAAAACCAAGACAUCAGGCUGCCCAUCCACAAUUUCAUCACAUGGGACAAUUCCUUCUUUGCCUAAAAAUUAUGAUGCUCAGCCUGCCUCAGUUAAACAGACUUUAACAAGGACUCCUCUAGAGAGUCACAAAAAAGGGCAUGAUCUUGAAGGAACAAAUAAUCCUCCAGUCACCAAAGAAGGGAGCGAAGUGGAUCAGAGGGUCACUGAGGCAAGAACACAGCCAAAAAUUCCUUCACAGCCUCCACCUGUUCCUGCCAAAAAGAGCAGAGAACGCCUCACUAAUGGAUUACACCAUGCUCCUCUUGCCCAUAGUGGUGCCUUCUCUAAUCCAGAUGUACCAGGCUUGCCAGUUAAAAAGAAUAGCCCCCUUAGCCCUAGUGACUGUAAUACAAUGACAGUUUGUAGACCUUCCCCAGAACAGGAACCCGGCAGCCCCCCAACCACACGGCCACCAUGGCUAUCUGAACUGCCAGAAUCCACUAGUAUUCAACAGCAUGGAGUCAAGCUAGCCCCUCCUUUGACAAGGAAGAUUUCUUGUGCCAGAGGAGUAGAUCUGGAGAUGCUGGUAGAGAAUAAGUUGCAAGCUGAAAGCAUUGAUCUCACCGAGGAACCAUAUUCAGAUAAGCAUGGUCGAUGUGGGAUUCCUGAGGCUCUAAUACAGAGAUAUGCUGAAGAUCUAAAUCAGCAAGAGAAAGAGAUUGCUGUGAAGAUGGACCAAAUCCGGGUGAAGCAUCUCAGGAAGCAGCAGCGGAUGGCGGUAAGCACAGGGACCAUGACUUUGCUGGUGGGUGAUGAGGAAGAACAUCAUGUGGGGUGUAUCUUUGAAAUACCUGAAGAUAUCCCAGAGGCAGUUUGGGCAAAGCAUUCAACUGAUGUAGGAAUCUUAAAAUCUGCUACACCUGUCAAGAUCAAGGUGAAAGAGGGCACUCCACCUAAAAUCCCUCAGCGUUGGUUGAGUAAAGAAGCUACAGAGGGUAUCAAGCCUAUCAUCCAAAAUCUCCUGGAGCAAGGCAUUUUGGUCUACACCAUAUCUGAGUACAACACACCCAUUAUGCCUAUUAAGAAACAAAAGAAAGAUGCAAAUGACAAAACACAAUGGCGAUUUGUGCAGGAUCUGAGAGCAGUCAGCAGCAUUGUUAAAAAGGGACAUGCAGUGGUACCUAGCCCAGCCAACAUCAUUGCUGAAAUUCCAAACAAUGCAGCAUGGUUCACAGUCAUGGACUUGUGCUGUGCCUAUUUUACAGUAUCCUACAAUAUUUGUUAUAAGAAAUUUUCUCUUUUUUUAAUGGGUAAAAGUGAUAUGUGA